GGAUCCACGACCAGUUUUGUUACAGAGGUCAGUUACAAUGUAAGAAAUAGCUGCGAUAUGCUUUCAUUUGAUUUUGAGCCGUGUUGACAGAGGUGUGUAGCGUCGCAGAAAGCCUGCGAGUCUUCGCGCGGGGCAUGCAUUAACAGCCAAGAGGAAAUAAGCUGUUUUUCUGGCGAGUUGUCAUCAAGAAAUAAGUUAGCUGCGUCUGUAGGUUCGCUUUAAUAAUCUCACCUGGUCGUCGCUGAGCUCUGAACGAUCGUUUUGGCUCUGUGCGGACGCCGCCCCAGGAAUCACCGAGCCCGACAUCACGGUAGCUUUAUUGUUUCUUUGCUACAGCGGGUUAAAGUUAGUCUACGUGGUGCCUCACAGCCGCUAAGCUACACGGCUAGCUCCCGGCUAACGCCGUCCAAGAUGCUCUUUGACUGAGACUGACUGAGGACUCGUCGUUGACAGCUAACUUUAGCUCCUGUCUGGGAACAGCAGUCUCUGGUGAAGCCAUGGCAGAUGAAAACACACAGUUCUGCGGCAAUUGCAAACACGACAUUCCUGAGGCCAACUUUACUACCCAUGAGAUUCACUGUCGGAGAAACAUCGCCCUUUGUGAUGUGUGCCAGGAGCCGGUGCCCCGGUCAGACCUUCAAGAGCACAAGCAGCAGGAGCACACACAGAUUACAUGCAAAUGUGGUUUGAAGUUUGAGAAGAAUCAUAUUGAUGCUCACCAGAGCUCCGAAUGCCCCCAGCGGCUCGUCCCAUGCCAGUAUUGCGAACUGGAGCUCGUCUUCAGUCAAUCCAAAGAGCAUGAAGAUUAUUGCGGCACACGCACGGAGCUGUGCCCGCACUGUAAGUGCAACGUGAUGCUGAGAGAGCAGGCUGUGCACCCCGUCUUAUGUGGGAGUCUCACGCCCCCUCAAGAGAGGAACAACAGCAGGAUGAGUCGCAGUCCUGCAGAACAACAGUCUCCAGGUGUGUGGUUUGAAUCCCACUCCAUCCGAAACAUGCUGAGGACCCAAGACAGGGGCCCGAAGAAUAACAACGUCAACGCGGCAGAUCAGCAAACCUUUCCUCCGCUGUUUGAUCACACAGUUUAUGGAACUUCAAGUGGACUUCACGCAUCAGACAGAAGUAGCGCAUCAAGAAACGCACCCUUCAGCCACUUCCUGGGGCAGGAAGCCUUUCCACACAGUAGCAGCAGCAGCAGCACGUGGCCGCAGAGCGAACACACUCUGAAUGAAGACUCGUCGGGACUCGACUACAUGUUGGCCCUCAGUCUGCAGAGCGACGGCGAAUCGAUGGCCGGGGGCCUCGAUGGAAACGUGUGGAGCGACAUCUGGGACCACAACAUAGGAAAGUCCAGCUCCCCCCUCUCUCCACCCAACAACAACUACCCCAGUUUCUCUGUAGGGACGAGCACAAGCGCCGUGCAAGACCUCGAUCAAGCAGAUACCAUGUUGCCUUGUGAGUUUUGUGAGGAGCUGUUUCCAGAAGAGGAUCUCAUUUUGCAUCAGACCGGAUGCAGUCCUGCUUCUGCGUUUGCGUCUUUCAGCAAGCAGCCCUCAUCCCCGCCUCGAGAGGACAGGAUGGGCAGGACUGAUUCCGGGCUGAUGCGAAGCUUUCCCAACACGCUCGCCUCCAACAUCCCCACCUUCCCUCGCUCCGUGUCCCCGGCCUCCUACAGUCCUCCGGCCAGUCCUCUAGAGGGUGACGUGGUCAUACCGUGUGAAUUCUGUGGGGUUGCUCUGGAAGAGGCGGUGGUCUUCCACCAUCAGGAUAAAUGUGAUUUGCGUCCUCAAGCUGCUCAUCCCAUGAAUAACAUAGCGAAAGCAUCCAUCAAAAAACCACUGAGCCCGGCGAAGGACGCCUUUGGGGGGAUCUCUCCGGAAUUUCCAAGACGAAUAAAGCACCAAGCUGACUUCCUGGAGGACAACUUUGGGUUUGAGGGGGACGCAGCGACCGGACAGAACCUGCGGCGGGCGCCGAGGGGCUGCAUUGGCCUGCCGAGUCAAAGGAAGCCGUCCAACUGUGACGUUCCAGUGAGAAACAGACCUCAGCAGAGCAGAGACGCAGAAGGAGCUCAGUCACCUUUUCAUGACUCCGAGUCUUCUGCCUCAGCAUCUCUCAAGGGACUUAAUCUUCCAGAAAAUACAGAAGGGAAAGGAAACAGAAGGAACCCAUUAACAAAGCUCCCCAAGAAACAGAAUGACAAGCAGCAGGACGAGUGAGAAGAGCUGCAACCUCUGCAGGAAGAGACGCACCAAACCUCCCACUCUGCUUCUCAUUUAUCUUUUUUGCACACUUUUGAGAAAUGAAACUAUCUGAUAAGUGCCUGUGGGAGUGUCCGUAUCUUACAGUUCAUAUGUUGAAGAAAUUUACUAUUAAAGUCUAAGAAAUUGGGUUUAUUUCUAUGUACUCCGCUUUAUAUCAGCACGUGUUUCUAAUGUGCGUCCGUGUAACAUCCAGCCUUAACUCUUAAGUUAUAAGAUGGGAUUUCCAUACUCUGAAAUGGAUUUCUGUAACUGCUCAUUAAAAACGCAGAGAACAUCAAAGGCAGACACAUGACUUUGUCAAAGUUAAUCUUUAUCUUCUUACUUCGGCCAAGGACAUUUUGUCUUCCCUCCUGUUUGCCCAGUCCUUCAGGGUGUUUCUCGGUGUUUCCGUUCCUUUCUGCAUCUCCACGUAACCUUUGAUAGACUUUGCUGUUCAAAAAAGGGCUUCGGGAACAGAUUUGAUCACAUUAUGCAUAUUUGACCAAGAAAAGACAAACAGUAUUAUUUAACAUUUGUCUUUUUAUACAGUUUGGUUUUAAUCAUUUGUAACGACCCAGUAAUACGUAGAUUUUUUUUUAUCAUAUCUGUAGAAUUAAAUUUGUGGUGUUCUGAUGAUUUAAGCUGUGUUUCCUGUCUAAUAUUGUUUAAGUAGCGUGAACAGUUUUGUGUGUUCUUCCUCUGAAUAGGACUUUAAGGUUGAUAAUUUUGUAAGUUACAUAGGGUCCACUGUAGAAUAUGUCAAAGCUGGGCAGUCACAGAUGGUCCAGUCUGCAAGUUUUGUCCCACUAAUCGACAUCUCUGACUAAAGAGCUGCGGCUUUGUUGGUGAUAUCCUGUUUUAGAAUAACUGUCUUUAAAGCUCUUUGUCAUUUGUGAUUAUUAAAUGUUUUAAUGAGGACA